AUGCGCCCCGUCCCGGCUCCGGCGCUCCUCCGCGCCCUGAGGCUGCUGCUCCCGCUGGCCGCCGGCGCCGUCGCCUACCCGGCCUGGAGCAACUCCGACGACCUGGUGCACCUGUACACCUCCAGCGCCAGGAAGAGCUUCCACCUGCAGAUCCACCCCGACGGACGCGUGGACGGCAGCCCGGAGCAGACCGUGGACAGUACUUUGGUAAUCAAAACCUUGCAUCCAGGCUAUGUAACGAUCAAUGGUGCGAAGAGUGAACUCUACCUUUGUAUGGACAGUAGCGGAAAUCUCUUUGGAUCGCGUUCCUUCAGCAAUGAGGACUGUACCUUUAAGCACACGAUGCUCGAAAAUGGCUACGAUGUUUACCAGUCUCCCAGGCAUAAUUUCCUGGUCAGCCUAGGAAAGGUGAAGAAAGCUUUUGUUCCCAGAAUGAACCUACCGCCCCUUUCUCAGUUUUUAACCAGAAGGAACGAAAUCCCCUUGGUCCAGUUCUACACACCCAGGCCUCAGCAGGAGGAGCCCAGGAACACCGACGCCGAGCGGUGUGGGGGCCUCUUGUCCACUGGAAAGUUGCCCGAAGAAAAUCCGGAUCAGGAGGGCCUCCACCCUUGCUUGGACAGCUCCGAUCCCGAAGAGAGAGACCCCCUCGGAGUCACGCUCAGCGGAAGGUUUCCUAGCCCUCGAACGGAUUCCUGA